AUGAAGACUCCUCCGAGUCCACCUUUUGCUUUUAGAAGACAGGAUACUCCUCAAACUCCAGGUUCUGGUCUCAAAUACCAGCAAGCUUCUCGGAGUCCAACUUCUGGUUUUAAAAGCCAGCAGCCUCCUCGGAGUCCAACUUCUGGUUUCAAAAGCAAGCAUGCUCCUUGGAGUCCAACUUCCACCUAUAAAAGUCAGCAGCUUCCUCGAAGUCCAACUUCUGGUUUCAAAAGCCAGCAGGCACCUCGGAGUCCAACUUCCACUUUGAAGAGUUGCAAUGCACCUAGGAGUCCAACAAGUGCUGCCAUCAAAAGCCAGGUUGUGAAAACAACAGAUAAUAGAACAAGUAUUCCUUCUCUUCAACUACCCAAGACACCCGAGCCACUGAUAACCUCUAUAAGUGAGAACAAGGUAGGAAUGCAAAGUAACCGUACCAUUUCAUCUGAAUUCCAGAAGCCUUUGACUAGCAGUACUCAUGUAAAGGGAUCUCAAAUACGAAGAUCACUUCGGACUAUUAGGAAACUGAUUAAUGGUUCUGAUAGAAAGAACCAACAGAAAAGGACUGAAGCAGCAGCCCCAUUAUCGCCUUUUAGUUACAAAAAUGAGGAGAAGUCAUCAACGGCAUCUAAUGCAAGGACACUGAGAAGUCGAUCCUUAACUGGCAUCCCACUACUAACCAUGUCGAUAAGAUCUUCACUUGGAGGAGGGAGCGUGCCAGAUUCUUGUGCAAAUGAAAGUAGAAAUUGCAAAACUCCAGGCGCGUCAGCCAAGUUAACAAAGAG